UCGCGGGGUCCCCGGAUGCGGGGGGGGUUGCCCCCAGGCUCGUGCUGCGGGGGGAGCCCCCACGUCCCAGGCCCUGUGCCCCGGGCUCUCCACGCGCGUGGGAGGCACCGGCCUGUGGCGUCCUGCGCCCACGUGGGGCUGGGCUCGGGGCUGCGAGCUGAUGCCCCCCCGGGCCCCUGCUUGGCUGGCAUCGGGGGAGCGGCCCCCUCCGGCGUGGGGGCGAUGGGGGCGGCGGGUUCAGGUCUGCCGGGCCCCAUUGUUACGCGGGCCCCGGCCCUUUCCUUAGCACCCAGCAGUAAAGCCCCACAGAAAUGCGGGGGGGGGAGGUUUGCUGCCUUUAAUUUCCCCUCGGGCACCAUUUGGUCAGUGCAGCAGUGGCGAAAGAAGCGUAUGCGCAGGCUGAAGCGCAAAAGGAGAAAGAUGAGGCAGAGGUCUAAGUAGAUGUCUUCUCUACUGCUACUGAGGCUGCAAAGCAGAGCAAAGAAACGUUGGAGCUUGGGACGCAAACCUCCAGACACAACUACUUCCUGGUGUUGCAGGAGUGCUUUCAAGAGUUUUCCAUCUUAAGAAUGAAGGUCUCAUCCAUAUGGGUAGUAGCCCUGAGCUUUCACGUUCUGGACUGGUUCUGGUCUUUGUAGUUGAAUGUAGCAGGCAUACAAUAAAACAAACCUGGUUUGGUUGGGAAUUCA